CCUACGAAUUCUCACCAUGGACAAAGACCAACCGGCUGAGAUCACGGUCACUAUAACCGCGUCGAAUAGAAGUGCUCACGCCCAACGAGGUGGUAAUGUGGUGACCCCAACGCCGGUGAAAGAAGCCUUUGAAGAACCCGGAUCUAGCACGGUGGUAGCAUCGAAGACAUGUCCAGCUUGUGGGGUUGGGACACUCGAACCUGACUGGACAAUCUUGACAUCGGUUGCCUGCUGUCUGCUUGGCCCCUGUUCUGCUCCCUGCUUUAUGGAGAAGAGGUGCCCGGUCUGUGGUUACCUUGAUGAGUGGUCUUGCUGUUGAAAAGUAGCAACAGUUAGGACAAAGAGGACAUCUAGGGUUUGAUAGGAAUGGAGGGUAUUAUUGGAUAUUGAAUAUUUUUUGUGCUAUUUUGCUUGUAUUUAGAAGGAGGUGGUUUAGGUGUUCUGGAAUGAAUAUGGGUUUGUCAUUGUGAAAAACUAAUUGCAAAUAUGUUGAUAACGGCUAUAAUUAGGCAGUUGACAGAGAACACAAUUCUUCAUCUGCCUACUCAUCCACCUAAAAAAAGAAGGAAAAAAAAGGAAAACUAUGAUGUUGAUUAAACUCAUAUAAAUGCACUUUUCUUGUUGAAUUCAUUAAUACAACAUAUUCAUAAUUAUGUCAAUUGUAAUGAUAUUUACAACUAACAGGUUUUAACAAUGGAGAAUGUGGUAUCUAUAUGUAAUUAUAAGCUAUU